AUGAACGCGGCUCGGAUCCAUGACAAACAGAAGGUGAAGUUCUUCUGGGAGCGGAGAAUCAACCAGCACAUCCAGCAGAUGGUUGAGGAGGAGCGCCGCGGGAAGAGCAGUGCUUUGGCAAGGCUGAGGGUGCAGUGGUUGGUCAAGUUGGAUCGGAGGAAUGAGCACCAACAAGGAUUUUUGGAGGAGAGAAUCAGGCGAUCUCAGAAUGCCCAGCAGCGGCUCACAGGGCGUGAGUCUCCUUCGCCAUGAUACUCAAAGAUUGAGAUGCAACAAAAAACUAAAACUUUGAAAUAAUGAAAAUGUCUUGUCUAUCGUCUUGUCUAUUUAUAGCAAUGAAAACCAUAUUGAUGCCAAGUAUGUCAAAGAGGAAAUAAAUCUUACCACAAUUUGUAUCAUGAUAUUAUUUAGACGUUUUGUCAUAACAUUUUGUACACUGCAUUGUGGGCUGAUAAACAUGUUAGCAAUUAGGUGGUAUUUGAUUUUUUUCAGGGUGUUAAGAAGCAUGAUACACUACUUGGAUGAGCUCC